AUGGAAAAGGGGCAGGAGAUAGCAGCAUCUGCCGCUGAGAAAGGUCCAGAGCAGCACGCCAUUGACGUCGGCCGUGGCGAGAAUAGCGAAGGCAAUGGCGAGGACGUCGAGGCGGUUGGGAAGGAGAGGGUAGCAGUGGCUGAGGAGGUGCAGAAGAAGAGCAGGAGAGUGGCAGCUCUUGAUGCCUUCCGAGGGCUGACCAUUGUGCUUAUGAUACUGGUGGACGAUGCCGGUGGGGCUUAUGAGCGGAUUGACCAUUCACCGUGGAACGGGUGCACUUUGGCAGACUUCGUCAUGCCGUUCUUCCUCUUCAUCGUCGGUGUUGCCAUCGCCUUUGCAUUGAAGAGAGUUCAGAAAAUUGGCGCCGCUGUGAAGAAGAUUGUCCUCAGAACACUGAAAAUGCUCUUCUGGGGUCUGCUUCUCCAAGGAGGAUAUUCUCACGCUCCGGAUGACCUCUCUUACGGAGUGGACAUGAAGCAGAUCAGAUGGUGUGGCAUCCUACAGAGAAUAGCGUUGGUGUACUUCAUGGUUGCUCUGAUAGAGGCAUUCACCAGAAAGGUACGGCCUACCACGGUGCGGUCUGGUCCUUAUGCUAUUUUCGACGCGUACCGGUGGCAAUGGUUAGGUGGUCUCAUCGCGUUUGUCAUAUACAUGGUCACAACAUUCUCACUAUAUGUCCCGGAUUGGAGCUUUGUUUACCAAAACGAUGGCGAUGUUAAUGACGGCAAGCAAUUUACGGUACAAUGUGGUGUGAGGAGCCACCUGGACCAGGCUUGCAAUGCAGUUGGAUAUGUUGAUAGGCAGGUUUGGGGGAUUAAUCAUCUCUAUAUGCAACCGGUUUGGAUCCGAUCAAAGGAUUGCACUUUUAGCUCACCGAACACAGGUCCUCUGCGAACAGAUGCACCAGCAUGGUGCCUUGCACCUUUCGAACCAGAAGGCUUGUUAAGUUCAAUAUCAUCGAUUCUAUCAGGGACAAUCGGAAUUCAUUAUGGCCAUGUUCUAAUCCAUUUCAAGACUCACAAGGAGAGACUGAAACACUGGCUUCUGUUGGGCUUUUCGCUCCUUGUGCUCGGCAUUCUCUUACACUUCACAAAGGCCAUUCCAAUCAACAAGCAACUCUACAGCUUCAGCUAUGUCUGCUUCACUGCUGGCGCGGCAGGAAUCAUUCUUUCAGCUUUCUACAUACUGAUUGAUAUCUGGGGCCUAAGGACACCAUUCUUGUUCCUGGAGUGGAUUGGUAUGAAUGCCAUGCUUGUGUUUGUCCUAGGAGCACAGGGAAUACUGGCUGCAUUUGUGAAUGGAUGGUACUAUGAGUCACCAGAUGAUACUCUUGUGCACUGGAUCGUGAAGCAUGUGUUUGUCAAUGUCUGGCAUUCUCAAAGGCUGGGAACUCUGCUGUAUGUACUAUUUGGAGAGAUUGUGUUCUGGGGUGUUGCGGCUGGUAUCUUGCACAAAUUAGGGAUUUAUUGGAAAUUAUGAGGGUUUUUAGAUGAUAAAUUUUGAACAAUCUAG